AUGAUGCUAUAUAUGCUGGCUAUAGAUGUCAUUCUAUAUUUCCUGCUCUUUCCCGAUUUUCCUUUAUGGGCUUUCUUGCUUUUCAAGUUGGUGUUUAUCAAUAGACCGCUGGAGAGGGUUGGAGUUGUUUUAUUGAAUGCCGUAGCCAAGUGGUAUAUAUAUCCAUUACUGGUGAAAUGGGUUGCCUUAGAGGAAGCAAAAUUGAACUCGGAACACCUUUAAUUUCUUUAUAGUGCAAAAAUGAAGUAAAGAAAGUGAAGUAAAGAAAGUUUUAGUGACAA